AUGAGAGUAAAUAGGAGCACAAUGAAUAACUUCCUGCUCCUGGGAUUCUCUGAUCUUCCAAGUCUGGAGGGCUUAUUCUUCUCUGUUUUCUUAACCACCUAUUUGUUGACCCUGAUUGGGAAUGUCUUCAUAAUUAUUGCCACACUGGCUGACCAGACACUCCACUACCCCAUGUAUUUCUUUCUCAGGAACUUGUCCUUUCUGGAGAUCUGCUACACGUCGGUCAUCAUACCCAAGAUGCUUGAAAACCUCCUGUCAGAGGACAAAACCAUGUCAUUUAUUAGCUGUGCCUUCCAAAUGACCAUCUUCCUCAUUACAGGGGCGGCAGAGUGCUUCCUCUUGGCUGCCAUGGCAUAUGACCGCUAUGUUGCCAUUUGUCAACCCUUGCAUUAUACGCUCAUUAUGAGCAACAGAGUAUGUCUUGGGCUGGUAGCAGCUUCGUGGCUAGCUGGAAUUCCAGUGCAGCUUGGCCAGAUGUUCCUGGUUUUCACCUCCUGUUUCUGUGAUUCUAAUGAAAUCAACCAUUUCUUCUGUGACAUCCCUGCAUUGCUCAAUCUGGUCUGUGGAGACACAUCUAUAAAUGAGCAAAUAGCUCUGGUGGAGGUUGUAUUACUUGCACUAAUCCCCUUUGCCUUGAUCCUCAUGUCUUAUAUGUGUAUUGCCACUACCAUUCUAAAGAUGCCAUCUGCGGAGGGAAGACGCAAAGCUUUCUCAACCUGCUCCUCACAUCUCAUGGUGGUGUUGGUGUUCUAUGGUUCUGGAAUGACAGUUUAUUUGACACCACAGUCAAGUCAUUCUCUGGACAAAGAUAAAUUUCUGUCACUGUUCUACACUGUAUUGCCUCCAUUACUUAAUCCUGUUAUUUACAGUUUGAGAAACAGAGAAGUCCAAGUUGCUCUGAGGAAAGUAUUUCUUCUUAUUCUUCAUUCUGAAAGAAAUACACACAGAAAGAAUCAAAACACUGGAUAG